AUGGUGGGUGCAAACAUUCUUCAAGAGUGCAUAGACCAAGGUGGUCAAAUCAUGAGCAUCCAACCGAGUUCUUACACGGUUCGUGUUAGGAUGCCAGAUGGUGCCGAGAAAGACAUUCCGAAUGUAAAUUUUCCAAUUGACUCGAAAUACGUAACUCAAGGAUCUUCCGUGGGAUCUUCUGUGGAAGAAACAACUUCGGAGAUUAGUGAAGAAGAAUUACCCGAAGUUGUCGAAUUGAAAAAGAGCAAAUUUUUGAGAGCUAUGCAAAAUGGCGGAGUUAUCACUGAAUAUCACAAGAAUAAGCGAGGAAAUUACACAAUCCGCGUGAGGUUACCCUCGAAUCAAAUUGAAACCUACUCCAACAUCUCCCAAGAAUACUUCGAUCAAUUCAAAACUGACGAAUCAAUAGAAAAACCCCCACCGUCUACACGUGAACGUCAUCGUAAUGAUUCAUUUGAAGAAGUUAUGAAAAAAGGUGGUCGUAUCGAAGAUUGUAUUAAAUUUCAAUCUAAUUCCGUUUUUGUCUUGAUGCCUGAGGGUAAUAUAGAACAAUUCGGAAACAUCUCUCAAGAAUUACUUGACAAAUACAAAGAGCGUGUUAAGUUGCGGCCUGAACUUGCUAGAGAUAAAAGCGCUGACCAUACACAUCGCAAGGGAGAUAGAUUCUUGACUUGUAUGAGUCAACCUCAGGCGACUAUCAUUGAUAUUCGUCCUCAUCCCUUCUAUUCUGUUCAUAUCAGAACUCUCGAUAAUACGAUUAGGUACUUUACUCAUAUAAGCGAAUACUUGUUAAAGCAAUACUAUGAUCCUGAUCAACACUGA